GAAAAACAAAAAACACAUUAAGUGCGCCAUUAAUAUUUUAGAUGCGUUCGGGUUAUAAAACUAACAAAUCAUAACGCCAAAUUAAAUUUCAAUAUUAUUUUGAACAAGCAGUGCGCAUUCAGCGCGCGGCGAGUGCUGUUCGCUGUCGGAACAUAAAAAAAUUUACUGAAAUUUCAAAAAAUCUGUGUACAUUUUGGAUUUAAGGACAGACGAAAACUUCAAGGCCAAGGAUCUACAGGCCAUAUAAUGCUGUUUCUACGGAGUCAAGAGGAGCACACGGCCGAGGAGCUGUUCAAGAUAAAACAACUACGUCAGCUGGUGGAGAAGUCCGAUGAGCUGCAGGUGGGAACGGAUGAGAUAUUUUUGACGAAAUUCCUGCACUACACAAACUGGGACACAUUAAGAGCCUAUCAGGCCAUACAUGCCUACUACGAUUUUAAGCAAAAGCAUCCCACAUGGAUGGCCCAGCAUCCCAUACAGUAUUAUGCCAAGCUUUUCUAUGCUACGCACUGUCGCUUCGUGAUGCCGCAAACGGACAAGCAUGGCCGCGUGCUGGUCAUCUUCAAGACGGUGGACGCAUUCCAGCAAUUUCCCGACUAUCUGCAGCAUUUAAUCGAAAUGGAUGAUCUCAUCUUCGAGUCGAUGCUAAUGUUGCCGCGCGUGCAGCGGCACGGCAUAACCGUGAUCUGUGAUCUUCAGGGCACAACCCGGAAUUUUCUGCGUCAGUUCUCGCCCAUGUUUAUGAAGAUCGUUAACGAAAAGAAUACGGUUCUGCCUUUUAAACAGCGCAUGGUGCACAUCAUUCAACGCGGCUUUCUCAUGCACGUUACCUCGUCAUUGUUUCUGCCUUUCAUGAACAAAGAUUUUAAGGAGCACAUUUUCACUCACGAUGGUCGGCAUUUGAGUAAACUACGCGACAUGGUUGGGAUUGAUUGUUUGCCCGCGGAAUAUGGCGGCCCGGCGUCUAAUGUACUAGAUACUAAUUUGAUUUUCAAUCACUUAAGUCAAAAUUCAGAUUACCUGGAACAAUUACAGCGAUAUAAAAAGCUUUAAGUAUGAUUCAAGAAGAAGAGAUUUAAAAUUCCUAGUAGUUCGACGUUUUCCAAAAAUAAACCAUUCAUAAAAGAUCUACAAAAUGUAAAUAAACCGGCGGCGCAGUACUCAGGUCUAAAAGUU